UUUUAUCAUCAAUCCACCUUCCAUGUUUCAGCAACUGUUCUCUUUUUUGUCAAAGGAGUCUUUCUUCUUCUUCCCUCUUCCAAGUGUUGAACGACGGAGAAUCUGAGAGUCUCAGCUGAGGAAGGGAAAGUCGAGUUUAAGCAUGGGUAUCCGAAAAACAUCAGGCGAGGGCGGUGGAGGGGUUGAUUCUCUGAGCGAAAGAGCAGCUAUGAUGAGGGAGGCAGUGCAGAAGAGUCAGUCCAUCACAGAUAACAUAGUUUCCAUCUUGGGUUCUUUCGAUCAUCGCCUCUCGGCCCUUGAAACUGCCAUGCGCCCCACUCAGAUCAGGACACAUUCUAUACGGAGAGCUCAUGAGAACAUUGACAAGACCUUGAAGGCUGCCGAUGUAAUUUUGAGCCAGUUUGAUCUUUAUCGACAGGCAGAAGCUAAAAUACUAAAAGGGCCACACGAAGAUCUGGAAAGCUAUCUUAAGGCAAUUGAACAUUUAAGAGGCAAUAUUAAGUUUUUCAGCAACAACAAAAGCUUUAAGAGUAGUGACGGAGUGCUCAACCAUUCAAAUACUUUACUUGCCAAAGCUAUUUCCAAGCUUGAAGAGGAACUUAAGCAUAUCUUAUCAUCUUACAGCAAAGCGGUUGAACCUGAUCGUCUUUUUGAAUGUCUUCCAAAUUCAAUGAGACCAUCAGCGGAGUCACCUGGAGACCAGACCAGUGGCAAACACCCCUCAUCCAGUAGUCAUGCAGAUCCAAAUAACAAUGUGACUGAAAAUGCUGUGUACACACCACCAACCCUUAUACCUCCAAGGGUUCUUCCUUUACUGCGUGAUUUAGCACAGCAAAUGAUUCAAGCUGGUAACCAGCAGCAGUUACUAAAAGUAUACAGGGAUGCACGGUCUCCAGUUUUGGAAGAAAGCCUUCAUAAGUUGGGUGUUGAAAAACUUAGCAAGGAUGAUGUACAGAAGAUGCAAUGGGAAGUUUUGGAAGCUAAAAUUGGGAAUUGGAUUCAUUUUAUGCGAAUUGCGGUAAAAUUGCUGUUUGCUGGUGAGCGUAAGGUUUGUGAUCAAAUUUUUGAAGGAUUUGAGUCUAUCAGAGAUCAAUGUUUUGCUGAAGUUACUGUUGGCAGUGUUGCUGUUCUACUCAGCUUUGGUGAUGCAAUUGCCAAAAGCAAGAGGUCACCUGAAAAACUGUUUGUGCUCCUUGAUAUGUACGAAAUAAUGCGCGAGCUUCACACAGAGAUUGAAGAACUAUUCAGGGGCAAGGCUUGCAAUGAAAUUAGAGAAUCUGCCUUUGGCUUGACUAAACGUCUUGCACAAACAGCCCAAGAGACCUUCAGUGAUUUUGAAGAAGCUGUUGAAAAAGAUGCAACUAAAACUGCAGUUUCAGAUGGAACUGUCCAUCCAUUAACCAGCUAUGUGAUCAAUUAUGUAAAGUUCCUUUUCGAUUAUCAAUCAACAUUGAAGCAGCUAUUCCAAGAAUUUGAAAACGGGGAGGACUCAAGUUCUCAGCUAGCUUCUGUAACAAUGCGAAUAAUGCAAGCUCUCCAAAUAAAUUUGGAUGGGAAAUCUAAGCAGUAUAAAGAUCCUGCUCUUACUCACCUCUUCCUUAUGAACAAUAUUCACUAUAUGGUCAGAUCUGUCCGCAGGUCUGAAGCCAAGGACCUUCUAGGGGAUGAUUGGGUGCAAAGACACCGACGAGUUGUCCAACAGCAUGCAAAUCAAUAUAAGAGGAUUGCUUGGGCAAAGAUAUUGCAAUCUUUAUCCAUACAAGGCCUAACAUCAUCCGGGGGAAGUGGUUCAGUCGGGGCAGAUGGACAAGGCAGUAGUGGAGCUUCACGAGCAGUUGUAAAAGAAAGAUUGAGGAUAUUCAAUUCACAGUUUGAGGAACUACAUCAAAAACAAACUCAAUGGACAGUCCCAGACACAGAGUUACGAGAGUCUCUGAGGCUUGCAGUUGCAGAAGUAUUACUGCCUGCAUACAGAUCUUUCAUUAAACGCUAUGGGCCUUUGGUUGAUAAUGGCAAGAGCCUACAGAAGUACAUCAGAUUCACUGCAGACGAUCUUGAGCACAUGCUUGGCGAAUUCUUUGAGGGUAAGGCGGCGGUCAAUGAUCCAAAACGCUAAGUUGUGGUGCAAAUAGAGGCUAUGAACUGUUCGCUUAUACCCGGAUUUGUGAAUGGCUCUCAUUGUAUCACUCGGCUUUUUCUUCACCGAGUUGGUUGAAGCUCUUUACAUUCAGAAUGACAUUUGUAUAAUUUAUUUAUUAAUUUAUUUAAUUCAUAAUGGUUUAUGUAGUUAUUAACUUAUUAUUAACCCUAGAUAUCUCAUAACUGUCAAGUUUAUAAUGGCCUUUCGGCUAGUUAGUAAUAAUAAUGGAAAAGUUUUGUAUGCUGUGAGAGCAUGAGG